CAUGGCGGUUGCUGUAUAAUCCAUAAACACUCGGCUUAUAAAUGUUUAAUUAAAAGCUGUUGUGCUGUAUUACUGCACAGUUCAGUAAAUAUGAUGGGACAUGAUAGUCACAGGUAAUUAGGAGUCAACUGAAGUGAUCAAGAUGCCUGUAACAGAUCAAGGUGGAAACCCCAGACUGCAGACCAGUCUUGGCUCACUCCUUGAUAGAAGUGGAGACACUUCUGGAAGUCAUACCCUGAUGAAGCACAUGUCAAUGGUGCCCUAUGCACAUCAGUUGAGUGAAAGCCGUAUGUCAGGCAGGAGUGGAGAUACAGGAAAAAACAAGAAGAGAAGGAAAAAGAGAAACCCUGUGACAGCUAAUUUAGCUGGAACCAGAUAUGAAGUUGUGAGGGAAAUGGUUGAGAAGAAUGGUUUUCAUGUUAGCAGAGAUGAUGACCCUAACAGCUUUCUUUUAUGGUUUGAUAGUUUUGUAUCCACAGAGAAAAUUUCGGAAUUGAAGGUUUUCCAAAGGAUAAACCAUUUCCCUGGAAUGGGAGAAAUUACCAGGAAAGACAGCUUGGCCAGGAACAUGGCAAAAAUGUGCAAGCUUCAUCCUGAUGAAUAUAAUUUUGUGCCAAAGACAUGGAUCCUACCGGCAGAUUAUUCAGUUCUGCAAAAUUACGCCAAAGAUCUUAAAGCCAAGAAAAAACAUCGGACAUUUAUUGUGAAGCCAUCAACUGGGGCCCAGGGUCAUGGGAUUUCACUGUAUAAAAAUGCAGAGAAGAUUCCUCAGAGUGAACAUUUCAUUGUACAAGAGUAUCUUGACAAGCCCUACCUCCUGGAUGGGUAUAAAUUUGAUCUCCGGAUUUAUGUGCUGAUGACCUCCUGUGAUCCACUAAGAAUCUUCUUGUUUAAUGAUGGUCUGGUCAGGCUUAGCACAGAGAAAUACAUUCCUCCUCAUGAUUCAAACAUAGAUUCAUUAUUCAUGCAUUUGACCAACUACUCUUUGAACAAGCACAGUGAGAAUUACGAAAAAGAUCAGAAUGAGGAUACAGGAAGCAAGAGAACAAUUAGAUAUCUCAAUGAAUAUCUACGGAAAGAGGACAAAGAUGUGGCCUGGCUAUGGAAGAAUAUUUCUGAUGUGAUUAUAAAGACACUUAUUGUGGCAGAGCCUCAUAUUCUUCAUGCCUAUAGAAUGUGUAGACCCGGGCAACAGGCAGGAUCUGACAGUGUGUGCUUUGAGAUUUUAGGGUUUGACAUUUUCCUGGACAGGAAACUAAAGCCUUGGCUUUUAGAAAUCAACCGUUCUCCCAGCUUUGGUACAGAUGAGGCUCUGGAUUACAGGAUCAAGUCUGGCCUACUGGAGGACACACUGAGACUGCUCAAUGUCAAGGCUAGUGAUAAACGUAAGAACCUGGCAGCUCAGAAAGCAGAAUCCCAGAAGAGACUCUUCCAACAGCCCAGCAGAAAGUCUGAUAUCAUGGAUUUGAGUGAUCUGGAAAAGAAAAAAUUAUCAACAGAGAGAAGAAAAGAAGAAUUGAAAGGACUUCUCAGCAGAAUCAGGAAGGAUGCAACAAGGGAAGAUUUCGAGAACAGAAACUGUGGUCGUUUUCGAAGAAUAUUUCCUCCUGAUGACAAAUUCCAUGCUGACAAGUUCACUAAUCUCCUAACCAGUGCAUUCAGUACCUUCCUGUCAGGGAAAGCUACUACGCUGACUAAGGAGAUCGAGAGGACAUAUAACAACAAGCUAAAGAUUCCAUCAUUAGUCGGUACGGACUUGACGGAGGCAGAUAUUUUGGACAUGUUGGCUCAGUGUGAGGCAGAUGAGAAGGAAGGAAGGAUAAUGCCACAGAGCAGACAGAGGGGACCUGCGAUAAUUGGAACAUUGUGUUAUCGCACAGGAAGCUUGCCCUUGAUGGGUAUGCCAUACUCAGUGCCAGUGGAGGAGACAGAGGGCACAGAUACACACGAGUCUGAGGAAGAUGAGGAGGGGGAGGACACAGACUCUGGGACACACCUCCAGGGAAGGUCAAGGCCUGUGUCAGGGGCAUUGCAGAAUGGAAGAACUGGCAGUAGGCCUGUCUCAGGCCGCCCAACAUCUGGUCAUCAGUCCCGCCCUCCAACACAGCAGAAGUCACCUGGGACUGCCACCAGGGCACGCUCCUUGUCCCGUCCACAGAGCGCCAGCAAUAGGCUACCCAAUGGGAUACCUGUCUUGGAAGAAAGUGUGUAUUCAACAGCUGCUAGAGACAUGGAGGAGGACCUCACUAGAAAAUCUUUGUCACUGCUCAACGACAUGAAAAUAAAAUUUCCUGGAAAAACUGACGAAGAAGCAGAGUGGAUUCUUGACAAGAUCCAAGAAAAUUGGAAGUUUCACAAGCCCCGGAUAGCUUCGUAUUGGCUGGUAAAGUUGGAUUCAAUUAAAAGAAGAAAGGUUAUAGACAUUGUGCGUUCCAAUGUGAGAGCUGUACUACAGAGGACGUGGAAGUGUCCUGAUGUAGAGAGUCUACGACUAUAUCGUAUAUUCAAUAGAGUAUUCAACAGAUUAUUAUGGAGCCAUGGGCAGGGGCUGUGGAACUGUUUUGGACAAUCAGGGAAUUCCUGGGAGACAAUCUUCAGCAAAAGCAGUGACAGCAUCAGCAGCACAGAGAUGAACUGUUGCAGGAGAAUUGUACAGCUAUGCCGAGACUGUUUGCUCAUCGUGUACCAGUUUGCAUCCGAUGCCAAGAACUUGGCACAGCAGUCGUCUUCAUUGAAUGAAGAAACUGGGAGCACCAAAGCAAGCCCAAGAGCUUUAUCAAGCCUAGAGAAGAGGACACAAACGUGGUCCCCAAACCAGACGGUCAGUCAGAGGGUGUCCAGACUUUACCCUCACAGGAUGGACUCCACGCAAUCUUGACCACAAUCACUGUAAAUACGUUUACUGGUCAUCCAAGGCCUAGUCAAUUGCAAAACAGAGGAGAGAUGUGUUCAGAACGAUAUCAUACAAUCAUGUGAUGAAAACUGUUUGUUCUGUUAUAUUUAUUAAUUAAUUGGUAUUCAUACUAGCAAGUGGUAUCAUUCCUAGACAGUUAGAUCAGCAUCUGUGAUGUUUGUAUACACGAUCACUUUUUUAACCCAUCUUGCAAGAUUGACUUCUGGUACAUGUACUGUACCAACUAUUUAUCAGCUGACAGAAUGAAACUGAUGUGUUUCAUAUGCAAGCAUAUUAUUAUUAUUGUUAUUUUUUAUUAAUUAUUUAUUUAUUUAUUUUGUAGCAAUGCAUGAUGUGCAUCUUAAGCACAGAACAUAAUCCUUUUGAUUGGCAAUUUGAUUGUAUGAGGGAGAGGGGCUUAUUUUUCCCCACUCUUUUUUGGUUAUACUUUUUGGAAAAAUGAACUUUUCAGUGGACCUUUUAACCCCUUUAGUUGACCUAAUUCAAAAACUGGCAUAAAAAUAAGAUAAUUCAGAGUAGAUCUCUUCUGGCCUAAAGGACAUGCAGUUCUUUCAACCCACCGACCCCCCCCCCCUCUACCAAUGUGCCUGUAAGUAAAGCUCUCAUAGAAGGGUUGUGAUACUUAGUCUUUGAAAAAAUCAAAAUGUUUUUUUUUUCAUAUUCUCUUUAAAGUCAUGUAAUUAUUAUUCCAUAUUUUCAGUCUGUAAUAAUCAAGCUAAGAAGUAAUGCUUUAGUGGACUUUUCUUAAUUGGCUUCAUGCAGGAUAUCUGUAUAUAUAAAUAUAUUUGUUAGGUUACGUUUCACUUGCUUGAAAUUUAUAUAUAUCAUUACACAUUUGUAAACUUGGGCUCUUGCAAAAAUCAUAAUUGCAAAGAUUUUUCUAUAAAAUGGCCAUCCGUCCAGUUUUAGCUGUAGAUUAUGACCUUCAAGUGAUUAUUUGUAAAAUGUUUUUUUUUUUAAAUUAAAUUUUGUAAUUAGGAAUGGAGAUGUCCAUCUGUUAUAACAAUUUUUUUAGUCUGGUGGCAAAUUCUUGGAAAGUGAUCUACAUUUUGUAGACCUGUUUUAACUGUUUCAACAUUUAAAAAUCAACCAGUUGCCAUUUAGUCAUUUAAGGGUUGUUCACACAUUGUGUGAGAAAAGUUUCAUCUUACAUGCUGUCAGGCAAUACAUUUAAAUUAUUUAUAUUGAUCAGAAAAUGUUAAUUUUUCCUUAAGUGAAUGAAAAAUAACUUGUGAAUCUUAUAACUAGCUGUGAUAGCAAAGUUGGCUUCUCCAGUUGCCAUAGUACCAUACAUAGCUUCAAAAAGCAGUUUUAUUUAUAUACCUACAAAUAAUAGUUAUUGAUUUUACAUAGAAUAUUCUAUCAUAAACUAUCUGCCAUCAUAACCUGUAGUAGUAUUUUGCUGUAUUGAAGCCAUUGUAUGUAAACUAAGCAUGGUACAUACUGGUGUGGCCCAUAGCUGCUUCCAUUAAGGUGGGUUAGAGGAGAGAUUAUUUUAUAACCCUAUUAUAUUUUCAG